AUGGAGCCAGAAGAAUAUGCAGUCGACAGUAAAGGCCGGGUUGUGGUCCCUAUCAAUAGCUUUUCCGAUGGCGAUCCUCAAAUCUGGCCACAUCACUCCAACUGCACGGAAGUGGAUGCUACCCUCUAUCUUGAGAAGUUAGGAACGCAAUGGAUGAAAUCAAGGGGCAAGUUCCAGCAAGACAAAACAUAUAUCCUUGAUCAAUUGCCUGAAGGAUACAUCUAUUAUGCUCGGCCGCGUCAAAGCCAACCUACAAUUACAGACAAGUUCCUCUGGGGGCAUCCGUCUGGGAAAUAUUAUUUUUCUCCAAAUAGGUUUUGGCCCCAUUUCAUCUAUUUGAUGAAUGGUGGUUCAGAAGCCUGCCAGUGUGAGCAUUGUAGCCCUGUUCGGAAAGCUGCAAAGCCUGGAAAGCUGUCAGCGAGCAUGUCUCAAAAAAGGCCAGGGCGCCCCGCCGGGAAACCUAGGAACGCGUUGGAUAAUCAAAUUGGAUCAACGCAGCCAAGGGCUAGCAGACCAAAACGCAUGAGGCGAAAGAAAUUCUUAGUUGAAGACGCCGAGGGAAACCAAGAUGUUUUCAAGGAGCUGGUGUAUUAUCUCCAUGUGGAGGGUACCCAAGAUACGCCAAUAUUAGAAAAUUCAAACAUGGAAUGGAAAGCUGAGCGAGAGCUGUUGCAUAACCACUUGACCCGUGUCCGCAUUCCAAAAUGGUAUGCCGGGGUGGUUACUCAGGUCCCAGAAGAACCGCUAACUUUGCACAAUGCCAUUAUCGAAACCAAUAAUGGAUACGCGCUGAAUAUGUCAGGGUAUCGCAUCGAGCUAUUUCCGGACCCAAAUAGCUCUGACAAAAGCAUGUCGAACCAGUACAAAUACGUGCCGCUUAGCCGUAUCCGCCCUUUCAGCUUCUGGGCCGUUUACCUCCAAGGAGUCAGAUCUGAGGAUUUUCACCCUUCUAUAACCCAUGCAUUGACUAUAAUGUCCUCGUUUAGUAUGGUGGAUAAAUACCAUUUUAAAGGUACAUGGCCAGAUGCCUCGGUAUAUUGCGAGGGCAUCUACCUAGGAUCUGAACUGCUUAUUCGAGGCGAUGGAGUUCGUCUCAUGCCGCAUGACCAAAAUGGAAAUUAUGACCCGAAAGGAAAAGCCACAGAAAUCUUGGUAAUUGAUAAAAUUUUAUUUAAACUAAUGGGAUGCGAUGCAGACCUGAAAUCACCUUUACUCUGCGAAAAUACAACCGCACGUUUGUCUGGCAAGGUUUAUACCCUGGAUCCGAAACUUGCCUAUGAUCCGAACAAGCCGAUGACGGAUUUCGAGGUUACCGAAUCUUUUGAAUGCACUGGCAUGCGAGAAUAUGGGUCUUGGUACCCGCUAUGUGAACCAAAUGCAACUGUUGAGGUCUCCUUAAGCCAAGUUAUUGGGCGAUGCCUUGAAUCCGAGUACAUGGAUAUUAUGUUUCAAGACCUAUCCCUUGGUAUUGAUCUUGAUAGUGUUAGAGGCGGCCGUCUCUAUGCUCAGGAAAGAGAUGAACGCAUCGCUCCUGGCAAAGACUGGUUUUGUGGAGAUAACCGUUUAGAACAGCUCGCCCUUGAGUCGUUGAACGGUAUUGAGCAUAGCAGAUACGACGAUUCGAGGGAUCCAAAGAUGUGCAGAGCCAUCAUGAAUAUUAUCAAUGGCGAGGCCGUCGAUGCAGACCAUCGAGAUGCUAAAAUUGUUCGUCAGCUUGGCCGAGCACAUGAGGGGCUCAUUGGAAGCCGAUCAGGUAAUACAAGAUUUGAUAGUGCAGGGAAGCAUAGCUCAAUGGUUUUAACAGCACUCGGCGGUGGAACUAUCUCUUCCUACUCCAACGCCACGCCGAUUGAGACUCCUGCAGGAGAUACAGUAGACGAAUCGGGCGAGGAUGAAAUCGAAGGCAGUCCAAGGAAAAUUCAAUUGUUGUCUGAUAGCGAGGAAGAUCCUAUCAGCCAACCAUUACCCAAACGUCAGCGCCAAUUAUGA